GGGACGGAAAGCUGCUGCUCGGUUGCCUUUUUGCGACAGACAAAGCACGGCGAGGUCGAGCAGGGUCGUCGUGUACUAUCGUCUACAAGCGAUUAAGUCAGGUCACUCCAACAACGAGAAUAGAAGCAGUACACCCGAAACACAACAUCAACUGCGCUUCUCAAUGAGUCAAUCGCCAGCAACAAAGAAAGGCGGCGAGAUCGAUGAUAUUCGUGCCUGCCUGCGCGAGCCGCCAAAACCCGGCGAUGCACCGACAAAGCGGGCGGCUCUGCGCAAAGUCGUCGCGAUGAUGACGAGCGGCAUCGACACCUCUGCGCUCUUUCCCGAUGUGAUCAUGUCCUGCUUCACGAGCGAUGUGGUGUGCAAGAAGCUCAUCUAUCUGUACCUCAUCACGCAGUCAAAAGGCAAGGAAGACCUCGCCGUGCUGGCCAUCAAUGCGUUGGUGAAAGAGUGCAGCGACCAGAGUCCGGUGGUGCGCGGCGUGGCGCUGCGCACGUUGGCCGCCAUGCACGUCCCGAACCUCCUCGAGUACUUGGUCCCACUGGUGGAAAAGGGGCUGAGUGACUCCUCCGCGUAUGUCCGCAAAACGGCCGUGUGCUGCCUGCUCCGACAGUACCACCGAUCCGUCGAGGACUUCUACGAGCACCAGUACUUUGAGCACGCCCUCCGCAUGUUGUCCGACCCGGAUGUGCAAGUGAGCUCGAACGCGCUCGACGUACUGCUGGAGGUGACGCGACUGGAGUCCAUAAAGGAGUUGGCGGCUGAGCUGCACCCACCCUUCAUUGUCAGCAAGUCCCUCUUGUAUCAGCUUUUAAAUCGUCUGCGCGUGCUGAAUGAGUGGCAGCAGAUCCAAGUGAUUCGGCUCUGCCUCCAGUACACUCCGAGCAGCGAGGACGAGAUGUUUGACAUGAUGAAUCUGCUGGACGAGCGUCUCGAAUCGAACAACACCGGCGUUGUGAUCGCCUGCAGUUGUGCGUUCUUCCACCUCACGCAAAACGCGCCGGCGGUUCAGCGAAAAGUGUUCCAACGGCUUCGCGAGCCGCUGCUCGUCAUCGCCACCAGCCACGUCACGGAGACGGCGUACGCGGCGCUGUGUCACGUUAAACUGCUAGUGCAGCGCGACCCGCGGCUCUUUGACGAGGACAUCCGCGCAUUUUAUUGCACUGUGAACGAGCCGUCGUCGAACAAGUGCGUCAAGAUGGACAUCCUCGCCUCCACGGUCACCGCCGCGUCCGUGAAGGCAGUAUUAGACGAGCUGGUCGCCUACUCCGAGGACCGCAACGCGACCGUGGCCCGCACCGCCAUUGCGACCAUGGGUCGCGUUACCCUGAGGCUUCCCGACGCCCUCGGCUCGGUUCUUGCGUUGUUCACUGACUUCAUCACGUUGGGCCUCGAGGACGUGCGCGGGGCAACACUGAGUGUGCUGGCGGACGUGCUGCGGCAACAUGUCCAGCUCGAUAAGGUCCGCCCGCUGCUGCAGACGAUAGUGCAGUGCUACAAGGCCUCCCCGUUCACCGACGACGAAAGCCGUCUGUCGUUUCUCUGGCUGCUGGGCGAGUUCGGUGAGUACGUUGCGGAGGCGCCGUACAUCCUUGAGAUUUUUAGCGACAGCGUGCUGAAGGAGCCGGCGGCGCUGCGUCUGCAGCUUCUCACCUCCGCCGCAACGUUGUUCUUCAAGCGACCACCCGAGAUGCAGCGGUGCCUCGGCCGCGUCUUUCAUGCCCUUCUGAACGAAUUCACAAGUGCUGAUGUGCUGGACAAGGCGCUCCUUUACUUCCGUCUGUUGCGCACCGAUGUGGCGGUGGCGGCACGCGUGAUUUGUGCGGCGAAGGCGCCAAUUCGCGCGUUUGCGGAGGACGUCGACGCGAACCUGCUGGACCGGCUGAUGGCGGAGUUUGAUACGUUGUCCGUUGUUUACGGUGUGCCGCAGGAAACGUUUAUCGUAGACGAUAAAGCAAGUGCUGGAGAUGAAGAGGAGGAAGAGGAACAAGAGGUGGAGGAGGAAAGAAGGGAGGGAAAACAGCUGGAAAUGUACAAUCCCAAUGAUGUUGAUGGCAACGGCGCGAACACACGUGCGUUGUUCAUCGGGGACGCGUCGGCUGCCGGCAUGGAUCAACUUUUCGGCAGCGACGACGCCGCGCGAGCCGCCCCGCUGUGUCUCUCCUCGGAUGCCCAGCUGGACGCGUCGGUCUUUCAGCAGCAAUGGAGUCAGUUGGACGUCGCCGCGACUUUUUCGGUCACGCUGCAGACCAGCGGGAUGCCCUCCGUUGACGCUGUUGAGGCUGCUCUGGAGGACCACGACAUCUUCGUCUUGGCUUCAGGGGUGCAAGACGGUGCACAGAAGCUCUUUCUGUACGCGGAGGCCACAGCGCCGACACGCUGCUGGUUCUUUAUAGAGGCCUUCGUCACCCUCACCGGGGCCGUCCGGGUGACUGUGAAGGCGGAUGCGCCUUCGUCUUCACCCACGGUGGUAGCGUUUGAAGCACUUCUACGCUGCGCUUUCGACGCAGUGGAGUAG